CUCGUCUCCCUCCGCGCGCACUUGAUGCUACAGGGACACCAAGAUGGAAAUCCAGGGGCCGUCAGCGGGGCAGCGGCACCAAGAUGGCGGCCCGGGGCUCCUCGUCCCCUGCGACGGAACGGAAGACGGUGAGGAAGAGGCCGCCGCGGUCGCCACCCCCGCCCCUUCCCCGUACCCCGUCUACAUGGUGGUCAGCCUCGGCGGGGAGGCCCCCCGGCCCGGCCUGGCUCCGGAGCAAGGGUUGCUGCCGUCCUUCGUCACCGUCCGGCUAGAGAACGGCGUGCUGAGCCUGGAGAGCUGCGAGGCCCCCGGGACUAGGCCGCAGCCCCGGGGUGGGAGUAGCAGCGCGCCGGCCACCCCCCACCAGAGCUGGGAGGAGGAGGAGGAGCCGUGCGGGAGCGGCCCGGGGCCCCAGAGCGGCUUCCCCGACUCCCUGGAGGACGUGGACAUGGUGCUGAAGGAAGAGCAGGUGGACGGCUUCCUGGUGGAGGAUAUCGGGGAGCUUCAGGUGAAUCUGGGGGAGGCCCUGGACCUGGCCAGGAAGGGGGUCCUCCUGGUCUUCCGCUGCCCCGAGCCCGGCUGUGCCAAGGCCUUCGACCGCAAGCAACAGCUGAAGGUUCACCUGCUGAGCCACACGGAGGAGCGGAGACCCUACAAGUGCGAAGAGGAGGACUGCGGCUGGUCCUUCACCACCCUCUACAAGCUAAGGAGACACGUCCAAUCCCACGGCAAGCGGAGACCCUUCCCGUGCCAGGCCCCCGGCUGCGGCAAGAGCUUCACCACCGUCUACAACCUCAAAGCCCACCUCAAGGCCCACGAGCAAGAGAACCUCUUCCGGUGCGAGGCCUGCGAGGAGGCCUUCCCCACCGCCACCAAGCUGGGAGCCCACCGAAAGACUCACUUCGAGCCCGAGAGGCCCUACAAGUGCGAAUUCGAGGGUUGUGACAAGACGUUUAUUACAGUGACUGCCUUGUUCUCCCAUCACAGAGCUCAUGUCCGGGAACAGGAACAGUUUGUUUGCUCUUUUCCUGGCUGCAACAAGCAGUAUGAUAAAGCCUGCCGCCUGAAGAUCCACCUACGGAGCCACACAGGUGAGAGACCUUUUAUCUGUGACUAUGAAAGCUGCGGUGUCUCCUUCACAAGUAUGUCAAAGCUGCUAAGGCAUAAAAGGAAACACGAAGAUGACCGGCCGUACCCGUGUCCUGUAGAAGGCUGCGGGAAGUCGUUCACUAGAGCGGAGCACUUGAAAGGCCACAAGAUUACUCACCUGGGCACUAAACCUUUUGAGUGCCCCGUGGAUGGCUGUGGCGCCAAGUUCUCUGCUCGUAGCAGUCUGUACAUCCAUUCAAAGAAGCACCUUCAGGAUGUGGAUGCCUCCAAAGCUCGAUGUUCUGUGUCCAACUGCAGCAAGAUCUUCACAUCCAAACAGAGCCUGAAGUCCCACAUGGUUAAGCAGCACGGCCAAGACCUGGAAGCCCCCAGCUCCCUCACCCCCAGCAGUGAACUCAUAAGCUCAGGGCAAAGUGACCUCAGUAAUCUGGACAUCUCGUCUCUCUUCACCAAUGUGUCCUCAAAUGGUUCUGGAAUCUCGGCUGACCUGACCCUUGUCAACUCUGGAAUACUGACCAUCGAUGUAUCUUCUGUGAGGUCCACCCUGGGCGGCAGCCUGUCGGCCGACAGUAUCUCUUUGGUACAUCCCGUUGACCCCUUGGUGCUGGCGUCCAACAACGAGAACCACAGCAGCCUGGACAGCUCCCUCCUGCUUAGCGCAGCGGCCUCCAUCCUCCAGCAGGGAAAUCUGAACUUGGAUGAUGUACAGACUGUGAAUGCCGAGGCACUGGGCUCCCUGGCUUCCUUAUCUAUGAGAAGCUCCAACCAAGAUUUGCAUGCAUUGACCUCCACUAAUAGCCUGACUAUAGAUUCAGCUAGCCUGACGCCUUCCGUUAGCCUGGGGGCCAGCGGCUCAAUGCCAGAAUUGCUGACGCAGAUCAAAGCGGAGAGAAGCCUUCUGCACAGCUCGGAGGUUGUAGAUCAGCAGGAAGGCAGUAAAGUCGUGACGCAGUUUGUGUUCCCCAGCGCCGCGGGCAGCUACAGCGCACAGAAGGAGGUGGAUUUCAUUGUGGCUGGAAAUUCAGUAUUGCAGGAGAGUGGUGGAUCGGCUAGGACAGACUACAGAGCCAUCCAGCUGGUGAAGAGCAAAAAGAAAGGUGGCAGCAGCAGCUCAGGCACUUCACCUACUCAGAAGAAAAAUAAAAGUACAAAACAAGUGUCUCCGACUGGUAACCGGAUAGGGAACAGUGUUGUUAUGCCAAAUGGUGGCCUGACGUUACGGGACCCAGCCACAGGGGCUCAGUAUGUACAGAUCCAGCUUCUUCAGGAUGAUCCUUCCGGGGACAGCGAUCUGCCUUUCCAGCUGAGCGCCCAGUCUCCAGCAGCGCAUGCUCAGCUCACAGUCGAUCAUGCUCAGCUCACAGUCGAUCUACCAGUGCAUAUCCUACAGGAGCCCCACGCCUCCACCGAGGAUGACGCCGCCUCAGACAGUUCACAAUUUACAGGAAGCACAAUAAACCUGCAGGACCUCGAGUAAAACAGUGGACCCCUCCCCCCCAUCCAUAGGAUACAAGGAAGUGUCAAUGCAGUGCUGCAGUCACAGCUUCCUCCUCCGUUUAUCCGCCCGCCCCAGCCAUAGGAGUAUUCUGGAGCAGAGAGAACUGCCCCUCCCCCCCCAUCUGUCUGUGGAAAGUUAUCUCUUUGCAUUAUGUAUUAUGCUUUCUACUUUUACACGGUAGUGCACAAAAAGCUGCUUUCCGCUAUGGUGUCUGCUGAAUCCCCUGAGGAUUUGGUAUAUCAGUAUAAGAUUUUCUACGUAUUCUUUCCCAGAAAACUGGAGAAGUUUCUUCUGGAGUGGAGUAUUCUGUAACCGGCACAAAGGACCAUUAUCCUGAAAUGUCAGAAUGAAUGAUAUGAGUGUGUGCAUUCCUUGCUGGGCAGACUGAUAGACUUCCAUCUAAAGAGCCUCACCUCUGUAAAGUUUAAAGGGCAAGUUCACUUUUUACCAAAAAUAUAAAAAGUGCUUGUGCACAUGAGGAGCCCCAGCAGAUAAAAACAAAAUUGCAGCGAUGACCAAAGUUAAAUAAAGACCUUGAUAUAGGUGUAGGCCAUUUGCAUACCUCCUGAAGCUUAAUGAAAAAUGGAUGUUGCUAAGUGAGGCCUCGUUGUUACUGCUUACCGUCACAGGAGUGAACAUUUUUCUCCCUCGCUUGCUUUUUCUCAUCCCUUCCUGCCUUGUUGCUAAGAUCCUCCCAGCCGUUACUGCUCCCCUACUACCACUGGAGUGAGCUCUCUACUACCACUGGAGUGAGCUCUCUACUACCACUGGAGUGAGCUCUCUACUACCACUGGAGUGAGCUCUCUACUACCACUGGAGUGAGCUCUCUACUACCACUGGAGUGAGCGCUCUACUACCACUGGAGUGAGCGCUCUACUACCACUGGAGUGAGCGCUCUACUACCACUGGAGUGAGCGCUCUACUACCACUGGAGUGAGCGCUCUACUACCACUGGAGUGAGCUCUCUACUACCACUGGAGUGAGCUCUCUACUCCCCACACAUGCGCAGUUCACCAUCUCCUCCACUGCAGUAUUGCUGAGCUUGGAUCUAUUGCAGCUGGGGAGGGAGAGAGCACAUGUUUUGAAUUGACUGGGGGUGUUUUAGCAUCAAGGCACGAUGGGCUGAUGCUACCUGUGAGAGCUUUUCAGUCAGGCUUUGGGAGGAAUGCAGAUUGCCUGUAGGGUGUUAUUCAACUUUGGUCAAAGCUGUACUGUUUUUUUUAAAUAUCUACAUGUGCCCCCUUCUCUGCAUAGGCACUGUCUGCUGAACAGAGCAGGCAGAUUACAGGUCUGUGUCCGUUUAUGAAAAGCAGACAUGGGCAAGCCCCGCUCUACUCUAAGGCUGUCUGGGGGGUAUACUGACUGCUAUUCCUUUAGCCCACGUUCACAUUGGCCAAUUUGACAAAUUACAUGACAAAGUGGGGCAUAUUGCCGCCAAUGGCACUGUUAGAA